AAAGGUAUCUUUUAAGAAAAAAAAAAAGAGCACUGUUCAAAUAGGCUUACAUUACUCAGCCCAGUGCUCUCCUUUAAUACACCCUUUGAUCCUGAGGACAGAGCCCAUCAGACUGACCUGUGUGGACGUUGUCAUUCCAGCUGGGAAGGAUGAAUUCUUGCAGCAACUUCUGUGGGUCCGAGCAGGCACAGGCUGUUACCGAGGGUGGGUACCAGCGUUACGGUGUCCGAUCCUACCUGCAUCAGUUUUAUGAGGACUGUACCACCUCAAUCUGGGAGUAUGAGGAUGAUUUCCAGAUUCAGAGAUCGCCUAACAGGUGGAGCUCAGUAUUCUGGAAGGUCGGACUCAUCUCGGGCACAGUCUUCGUGAUUCUUGGAUUGACUGUUCUGGCAGUGGGCUUCCUGGUCCCCCCCAAAAUCGAAGCCUUUGGCGAAGCCGAUUUUGUGGUGGUCGACAAACAUGCUGUCCAAUUUAACGGUGCCCUUGACAUCUGCAAGCUGGCAGGUGCAGUACUCUUCGGCAUUGGAGGCACGUCCAUGGCGGGGUGCCUGCUCAUGUCGGUGUUUGCCAAAAGCUACUCCAAAGAAGAAAAAGUCCUCCAGCAGAAGUUUAAAGAGCGAAUAGCAGACAUCAAGGUCCACACCCAGCCCGUUACAAAAGCUCCAGGCCCGGGGGAAACCAAGAUUCCAGUCACUUUGUCCCGGGUUCAAAAUGUCCAGCCUAUAUCAGCAACCUGA